UGGAGCUCCGACUAGACCUGUCAUACGACAGUGUGAGUCGACGCCAUGCGUUUCGUGCUCAUCUUCGCUGCCUUGGCCGCGUCCGCCGUUGCAGGGCCGACGGGCCAGCGAUCAACAUGCGCUCUCCACUGCAAUGAUGUUGACAAUUACGCUUAUGAAACGGGCAAAAGUUAUGUUUACGAAUACUCGGUGACGACCUCUACCGCCCUUCUGGAAACCUUCGAGGAUGACGCCCACUUGCACAUCACCGCCAACGUCCACAUCGAUGUCUCUGCCCCCUGCGAGUACAUCCUCAAGUUGACCGACGUCAAUCUUGAUGGCUCGUCUCACGGACCAGAGUUCGCUGCUGCUGUUACCAAGUCUCCCUUGCGCUUCUCCUUCCAAGACGGCCGCGUGGAGAGCAUCUGCAGUGAAGCAUCUGAGCCGGCUUGGGUGCUGAACUUCAAGAGAGGUGUCCUUUCUACCUUCCAGGCCUCCAUGGCCCAUCAGGGUGUUGAGGACAUUAAGGAGACAGACAUCUCUGGUGUUUGCAUGACCCACUACAACGCUACAGUAGAAGGCAGUGUUGUCACCAUUGAUAAGGUCAAGGACUUAGCCACGUGUACUCAGCGACCUGACCUGACCUUCAUCCCCUCUACUGGAUACAUCAGUGACUCUCCAGUCCAGAGCCUCCCAAUCUUUAGAAGCUCAAGCAAGUGUCACCAAAGGGUAGAGGAAGGCCUUCUUAAGACGGCAGAAUGUGAGGAGACCCACGUGUUCCGUCCCUUCUCUAGCGAAAAGGGAGGAGCUGUUACAACUGCCAAGACCACCAUGAUUCUUAUGUCUCAGGAACGACUUACGCCUAUCACAGACUUUGACUUCAAACGCAAUACACUAGCAUUCGAGCACACUCUCGCCCCAGAAGCCCAGCUUGAAGCAGUUGAGGAGAUCUUGAGCAAUCUGGAGAUUGCUUCCAACAGUGAAAUCCUUCCAGAGGUUCCUUCACUAUUUGCCAAACUUGUGUCAUCACUCAAGGAACUGAAUUACCCUCAGCUCAACACUGUUUAUAACAAUGCUAAAGAAACUCACACACGGAAGUUCCUGGUUGAUGCAAUGCCACUGGUGGGAACAGCUGCUUCUUUUGGUGUGGUCAGAGACAUGUUCAUCAAUGGGGAUAUGACGGAGUCUGAGGCUGAUGCGUUCUUCACUUCGCUGGCUUUCUUCAAGAAUCCAACAGCAGAAAUGUUUAUUGCUCUUGCUCCUUUACUCGAGAACAACCCAAGCCAAAAAGCAAUGUUGGGAACUUCUGCUCUCAUCAAUGCCUUCUGCAAAAUCAAUGAAGACUGUGGUGCGGAUUCCAGUGUACAGCAAGUUAUUCGCCGAAUUGAAACACAACUUGGAUCUGGCUGUCGCACAGUGAAUGAAGAAGAGAAAGUCAGGGUACUGGUUGCUCUCAAGGCACUUGGCAAUGCUGGUCGAUGGGUGAAUGCCAACUCAGUCUUAAGACGCUGCUAUACUGAAGAUAAUGACAUGGAAGUGCGAGUGGCUGCUAUAGAGGCAUGGAGGCACACUCCGUGUGAAUAUGACCGAUCUCACCUUUUGGCUGCUUUCCAAGAUGAAAUUCAGGACACAGAGGUUCGCAUUGCUGCCUACCUUGCUCUCAUGACCUGUCCCACUCCAGAGCUGAUCAACACCAUCAAGGACCGUCUCACUUCAGAAGGUGUCAACCAGGUGGGCUCCUUCAUCUGGACUCAUAUGACCAACAUGCAGGAAUCAGCUGCUCCAGAAAAACAGUGGGUUCGGCAAAUGAUUGGCGAGGAACUUCUCCAGAAAAAGUUCAGUACGGAAGCCCUCAAGUUUUCUCGCAACUAUGAAUCCUCUUUCUUCAUGAAUGAAAUCAACACUGGUGCCACAGUUGAAAGCAAUGUUAUCUUCUCCAGCAAGUCCUUCCUGCCACGUUCUGCAAUGCUUAACCUCACCCUCGACCUGUUUGGACAGUCUAUUAACUUCUUUGAGGUUGGUGGCAGAAUUGAAGGUUUUGAAGCUUACAUUGAACGCUUCUUUGGUCCUAGAGGAUAUUAUCCUGAGGAAACCAUUGAAACCAUCCUGAGGAAUAUGCGACAGAAUAAUGACGCUGAUGCCACCACUCUGGAAGGCUUCCUUGACCAGAUGACUGAUGAACCAGAGGGAUCCUACUAUCUCCGAGUCUUUGGCAAUGAGCUUCAUUACCACCACUUCUUUGGACUUGAAAACCUCAUUGAAACAUCCGGUGCUUCUAACCCACUGGAAUUCUUGAUGGAUCUGGCACGUCAGGGAGAUGUUGAUUACACCAAAUCUUACCAGCUAAUCGACACUCACCACACCAUUCCGACCGUAACUGGUUUACCUGUGACCCUCACUGCAAAGGGAACAGCUACCCUUGGACUCAAGAUGAAUGGAAACUUCAAGGCUCGUAGUCUUAAGAAUAUAAACAUCGAAGGGCACCUCCAUCCUUCUGCCGCAGUUCAAAUUGAUGGCGUUAUGCUUGUCGAUGCCCACGUGUCUCGCACUGGAUUGAAGAUGUCUUCCAACCUUCACACCUCCACAUUCCUUGAUGGCAAGCUUCAGAUCAACGGCGGUAAACUAGUCGACGUUGCCUUCAACACACCUAAGGACAAGAUGGAAGUUAUCAAUGUCAAGACCGAGUUCUUCUACCUGGAAGAUGAUCAAGAGGUCCGAAAAGAUGUUGCAAACCUCAUCCAAGAAGAGAGCUGCACUAGUGGAGUCACUGGCAUUGCCUUGUGUGGUGAAUACAACUAUGCUCUAAGCUCGGAAUAUGGCCCAAGCUUCCCCUUCACAGGACCUUUUGCAACAAGUGUUCACUUCAAGAAGACAAACACUCAGACUGGAUAUGUCCUGCGCUACACACAUGAGGAUGAUCAGUUUGUUUUCUUGUUUGAUACCCCAGGAUCCCAAACAGAUCGUAAAGUCUUGCUUACUAUUACUAAGGCUGCUAAAGAAAUCGACUUCGACCUUCACACGCCAUUUAAAUCAGUUCAAGGCAGGGGCGAAUAUCUCUGGCAGAAGAAUAACAAGAACACUAAGCUGUCACUCGUUGUUGAUGGCAACCAACAAUACACAUUGGAGACUGGUCUACGUACAAGCGGAAAAACAGUCAAGACAAUUGUACCAUCCUUCAUUCUCACUUCCCCUGCUGGUCAAGUAUUGAAUAUACAAGGUAACUUCCAGGCCAACACAGAAGCUGCUAAAUACGUUGCAGAUGUUACUGUCUCAGAGCUGACUGCAUCUCCCAUCACUGUACAUGCAUCGUUUGAGGGCGAAAGUAACUCUGUUGCCAUGGACGUUGAUCUGAAAACACCAAUCAUUGACACAUUAAUCAAGAGUGAGUUUGCUUAUGGUGAGAACUUCCUUUCAUCCAAGGUGGAUGCAGAGUACAGAAUUAUGAAAGAGGCCAAACAGACAGUUCACCAUUCUGCCCUUCUUAAGAAGGAACUCACAGAGGACCUCUCCAAGUACACUAUUGUCUUUGACGUCUCCCCAUCACAGUACCCUGGAAUGGCACUAGAGUAUAACCAGAACAUCGUGCUUUCAAAGGGACGCAUGGAAAACAACGCUAAGCUUGUCCAUGGCCUUGCCACAUGGAACGCAAACGAAGUGGUAUCCUACGCCAAUAACAAUGGUCACCGUGAAUUGAACAUCCACUCGACACUGAUUUGCCCACAACAUCAGAUCGAUAUUUCUGGCUCCUAUGCACUGGAGUUCUCUCUAAAUCACCUGAAGAGUGAGUAUCACCUUCGCCUGUCUCCUGGGAGAGAACAGUCCGUCUUAGUAGAAGUCAGUCAUCAGUAUGAUGUCGAAACACUUGGACGCAUCAACGUGCAGUCUGAGAACCUGAAGUCUUCUAUUGAAUUUGUUUUCAGUAAGAUUGCAGCUCGCCACUACAAAGCUCAAGUGACUGGUGGCUUUAAUGAGAAAGAAAUGGCUUUGGAAGGAAACUUUAAGGAUAAUUCUGUGGCCGGUAAAAUCAAUACCAUUGUCGAUGGAUUCUUCAAGACGUCUGACUUCGACUGGAAAUCCAACCUCGGUAUCUAUGCAGACAAGGACAAGGCCAAUGCUAACUUCAAGAUUAAUACCGACGGGAACGAAUACAUGGCCAAGUUUGAGGGCACCCGCACUUCCCUCCUAAUUGAAUCGAACUUCGUCAAACACAUCCUUGUCAAUGCCCAAGUAACCAGUACACAGGAUAUGAAGAAACUACAUGUUGCUGCCGAAUGGGACAAGGAUGUAGAUCCUACAAAAGCUUUCGUCAUUGAUGGACAGUUUACUAAUGGCGAAGUCGGAGUGGCAUUCAGAUAUGGUGAGAGGGAAGUGUCCAUCGUUGGCAAGCUAAUUGACAGUGGUGUGGAGGUGGAAACUAAAUGGGCUGCUGACAAGAGAAUCUUUGUCAAUGUUCACUACUCACUUGGCAAUACUAAGUCGCUGGCAGCUACAGUGCAGACACCAUUCCAAGGUUGGGAAAAACAGGAUGCCACCUUUAGCUUCUCCAUCAAGGAUCAUGAAGUUGAGAGUCGAUUUUCUGCUACAUGGAGAAACACACAACAAAUGGCACUUACUGUCACUGGCAAGGUAGAACCUGGACUCUUCACCAAUGCCCUUUCCACCACAGUAGGAUUCACAAGCACCUUUGAUAACUAUGAGCGUAUCACAUUCUCUCUGGAUCACAACAUGGCCGAUUCCACCAUCAAGACUCACUUGGAGGGUGCCUGGAACCAAGAGAAAAUGGAAGGCAACUUCCAACUCACUCCUAACGCAAAUGGUGUAGAUGCCCGAGCUACCUUCACUUCCCCUGUCACAGAGAACAUCCUUGUGACACUGCAUCAUGAGUUACUCAACAAGCAGUUGUCUACCACAUUCGAAGUGAAAUAUGGACAGGAGAUCUCUACUGCUACUGCCACGGGUCACGUAGACCUCGGUGAUGUGCAUGACAUCGCUCUGGCAUUUAAGGUUGACACCCCAGUUUCUUUGAUCCCUGAGAUAAAUGCCAAUCUUAAAUACUCUCUGAGUGGACAAAGUCUCAACUUGAUAACUGAAGGUAAAAUUGGGGAGAAGAAAAUCAUGCUUAAUGUAGCUGGCCAGAGGACUGUCAGUGGCGACACUACAGACAUUUCUGUAGACGUGCGUUUCAUCACUCCUUUCACCUACCCUCUGACAGCAUCUCUCAAGCACACCCAUGACACAGGGCACUUUACUUCACAGUUCGAGAUGACGAGGAUCUGGUCUACAUAUGGCAGUGUCAAGGUGCAUGCUCAAGGAAACAUGGUCUCCCAGAAUGAUGUAGAAUUCAAAGUUGAUGUUUCUAGCCCAGUAAAUAAGGGCUCAAUCGCCUUCAAGCACACUGUUACUAACACCAAGAUGGAUUCCUCAGUUGAUGUCAUUUUCAACUCUGAACGUAUUCAUGUGUCUGUGGGUGGUCUUCUGGAUGUGUCCAGGAGCUUGGCAAACAUUGAGGCUGAAGUUAAUUCCACUUUCAAUGGCCUAGAUGACAUAAAAGUCCACAUUGAUAGCAAGAAGGAGGGCAACACAAGAACUUCAAACAUAGUCCUCAUGAAGGGAACAAAAUCUAUUGUUAUUGACCAUACUAUUGCCUUCAAUGAUUGGUUCAACUGGGAAAAUUCCUUCAUUGUAAAUGGAGUCUACAAAUUAGACAACAAGCAGAUGCAUGUUGGCUCUCUGUACAAACACCAACUCGAGUACAUGUGGGAUCGCCAAAUUGUGCAAUUCGAGGGCACUUUCGACAAGAAGAUCUCUGGAAAUACCCGUCAGAUUGAUGCUCAAGUCUCUCUCUCCACUCCUUGGACUGAAGACAUGAAACUUGAUCUGCACCACCAAGAUGAUGGUGUUGAAUACAAACCAACCCUUAUCUUUGAGUACAGGCCUGGAAUGAAGAUUGAAUUUGCCUCUGUUCUGAAAUGUGACUCAUCAUUCUUAUACACUGCAUCCACUCUUACAACACCAUUCUGGCAGCAACUGGGAUACAAACUCAACAUUGACUUCCAGCCAAGAAAGACUGUCACUCUUGUCUUAACCCGUGGACCCAACAGAACUACUAUUGACAUCACUGGAAACUUUGAACAAGGAAAGGUAGAUGGUGAGUUGCAUAUUGAUUCUACAUAUCUUACUAAACCAGUUUCUCUGGAAGUGUUCUAUGACAUCAUUUCAGCCGAAAAGAAAGUGAACUUGGUGCUUAACUUUGACAAGAGGUACGAGAUAACAGGAGCCAUUGCUGGUCACCUCAAGCAUGCUAAAUGGUCUCUUAUGUCUGAACUACCUCUUGAAGCUGUACAGAAACUUGGUUUCAGUGGCGAGUACAAUGUUGAAGCCAUGCCCUUCACUGCCAAUACGGUAUUGGUUUUCAACACCCAGAAAUACCAGGUAAAUGGAAAGAUCAAUGUAGAUGAAUUCCAAAUCAAUGUGGAUUUCAAUGGAAAAACUGGAAGUUUGGUCAGCAGUUGGAACUACCAGGAGAGCUAUGGUGAUGUUGAAAUCGACUUCCAAUCACCAUUUACGACACUGGACAAUAUGUCAGUCUCAGGAAUGUAUGACUUCCGUAGUGAAAAGAAAGUGACCCUGAAGAUGAGCCGCAACUCAAAGGAAAUCAACCUGUCAGGGCGACUUGAAGGACAAACCAUUGUUUUUGAAGGCACAACUCCAUUCAGUGGAUGGGAAACCCUUAAGGCCUCAUUCUUCAUUUCCAGUUCUGCUGUUAAAGCCUUUGUGUCCAGGAAUGACCGCAAGAUUGAGGUUACAGGAACACUGCACAUCAGAAACGUCAAGGGAAAGAUUAAUCUCACCAUCAAUACUCCAUAUGUUGGCUAUGAAAGCAUUUCUGUCGACACAAGCUACAGCUUACAGGGCCAAGUGAAAACAGUGGAGUUUGAAGCCAAAUUUGGCUCGCAAGAACUCUCCUUGAAGGGAGACAUCAAGACAAACGACAUUCUAGCUCCUGAGAUGACCCUCAAUAUCAUUACUCCAUUUGAAGCUGUACGAACUCUUGGUGGAGAAGCUCACUGGGACCUGAGAAACCUUGUCAAGACUGCCGAAGUGAAGGCUUUCCGCAAUGAUCGCCACUACCACUGGCAGCUAGAGACAGCUGCUGAUAGUCCCCUAAAGGGUUAUGCCAACUCCAAGAUCACAACUCCCAUUGCUGGAUGGACCACAGUCAGUUUGGAAGGAAACUUUGAUUUCACCUCCAUGCCUUACAGGGCACUUUUUACUUACAAAAAAGAAGGAGUUAUCAGCACAUUUGAAGUACAAGUCAGUGUAGCAGAAAAUGCAGUAUCUGGAGAAAUCACAACACCAAUCUCUGGGUGGGAGAAGAUUGCUUUGAAUGGCGACUAUUCUCUGGCUAACAACCUUUUGACCGGAAAUGUGGAGAUCACCAAGAGUUCUGACAAAUAUCAUCUCCAUGGAGAUAUUGCUUUUAACACUCAGAAGCCUAAGUUGAAUAUUGGCAUCAGGACACCUCUAGCAAAUGCUGCUAAUAUUGAGCUGGAUCUUGAUGCUAAUCUAGUCGAUACAGAAAAGAAUUUCCAUAUUACCUUCAAAAGGAAUGACAUUACUUACUCUGCAGAUUUCACAGGCCAAAUGAUCUACAAAGCAGGAUUCGUGCAGCUGCAUGCAACUUCACCAAUUCCAGGUUUUACAUCCCUGGGUGUUGAUGCUAAAUACGACUUUACUGGAGAUGCGAAAACUGCCGAAGCAAAUCUUAUGAAAGAAGGCAAUAACCAGCAUAUCUCACUGACUUCCACAGUCAAUGACAACAGUUUCCAUGUUGAAGUUGAAACACCAUUUGCUGGUUUUGAAUCUGUGAGGAUGGAUGGUGAUUACACAUACCUCAAUAAUAAACACAGUGUCUCAGCUUCAUUUGAGAAGAAUAGUCAGAAGUAUGACUUCCAUGCUGAGAUUUCACUCAGCACCAACUCUGUUACCCUGACACUGGCAACCCCAAUAGCAGACAUUAAGCAUGUUGUCAUUAAUAGCAAUUACCAGGCUAUUGAGAAUGGAAUGGAAUGCUCCCUUGUUGUUGAAAGAAACCAGGAUAAGUUUGAGUUUGAUGCUCAUGGAUAUUUUACACCCAAGAAAUCAGACCUCCACCUCUCACUGGAGAUGCCUGUUGAAGGCUGGAGGAAGCUAGAGCUGGAUACCCAUUAUGAUGUCAUCUCUGACAAGAAGUCUGCCGAGAUCUCUUUCCAAAGAGAUUCACUGAGGAAAAAGCUGUAUGUUGAGGGAAGCUAUAAUCUGAAAUCUGGAUCUUUUAAGGUUAUGACUCCUAUUGAGGACUUCAGCGUCCUAGGUGCUGAAUAUACAUUAAACCUUGAUGAAUAUAACAAGAAACUGGAUGCUUAUGUAAAGAUCAGUCAAAAUUCCAAUGAAUGGACCUUCGAGGCACAUGGACAAUACAGUGAUGAUAGAAUUGCUAUUAAGUUCCAGACACCAUUUGAGGGCUUUGACAUUAUUGCUGUAGAAGGAAACCUAAACUAUGGAAACAGAUCUGGAAGAGGUGUCAUUCAGUUUGGGUCUUAUACGUUUACCACCAGCAUUUCCUAUGCAAAUGAUAAUAUGUUCUUUGAGCUGACGACUCCCUUUGAUGCAAUCAAGACUUUGUCCCUCUCAGCCCAGUACAGCUGGACUACCAGCCAAAAGAGUGCUACUCUAAACAUCACUUACAAUGACAAGAAUUUCGUUCUCUCCAGUUCUCUGCGGCUCUCUACAAGGGCCUCUGACAUCACCUUCCAGGCCAAAACUCCUUUCAGUGGUUUCCAGAACACCUUCAUUGAAAUUAAGUGUGACAUUGAUAACAGAGAGGAGCUCCUUGCAUUCCGUGCCAAUGCAGAUGACCACAGAUACAGCUUUGUUGUAGGUGGAUUUAUUGAGGAUAAGCUAGCCAUGUUCAAGUGGAACCUUAACUCUCCUUUCAGCGGCUGGACUGAUGCUAAGUUUGUAGCUAAGAUUGAUCUUUCCAAUGAAAAUAAAAACUUGGAAAUCUCCCUUGAGAAAGAAGGAGACCUUAAAGCUAUUGCAGUCUCUGGCAAGUUCAUUGGCAGUACAUUGGACUUUAAUCUGCGAACUCCUUUCAGAGGGCUCAACAAUUUCAAUGUGUUUGGCUCUCUUAACCGGUCCAAGAGGUCUCUUGAAAUGAGAAUGAUGAAUGAUGCAGGAUAUGCAUCUUUGGAUGGCAAUUUCAAUUCCCUCAGAUUCAACAUGAAGACUCCAUUUGAAAGAGCAGAACAGAUCUCCUGGGAGAUCACCAAGACUGGUGAAGGCUCCUACAAGGCUGAAUGGAGGAGGAAUGAUAAUUAUGCAAUACUCACAAUAGAAAAGGACAUAAGUAAGCAAUCCUUUGAUUUGAACAUAAAGAGUGAAUUUCGGGGAUGGGAGAUCUUGGCUCUUACUGGAAGACUGGAUGAAGAGACAAAACAAGCCUACCUCAGUGGAGCCAUCAAUGAACAGAAGAUCACAAUUUCUGGAUCAGGUUCUAUCAGUAACAGAAUGAAAUACAGCAUGACGAUUGAAACUCCCUAUGAAAAUUACAGGGAAGUAAAAGUGCAACUGAAUUAUGCAAAAAGAAAGAACACAAUGAAACUGGAAGCUUCUUCAUCCUCUUCUGAUUUCCACCUUCUGUUUUCAUACUCAGGAUCCGGCAUUGAAGGUCACCUUAUUGUACCUAAUCCACAGGAAAAUACUGAAAUCUCCGUAAAUAUCGCCCUCACUCAAGGAAAAAUAGCCAUAACAUCACGAUUUGAAUUUGUCAGGGACUACCUCCAGGAAUACCAUGUUAAUCUUAAUGAGUAUGGUAUCACUGCUAACCAUAUUAUCAAGCUGAAUGGUCGUGAAGUUUUCAAGAUGGAAUUUGAGAGGAAUGCUCCUGAACAGAAGGGACACCUUGAAAUUCACAUUCAUGUUGCAGAUCGCCACACAACCAUUCACUUCCACCGUGAGGGCUUCAGAAAGCUUAAUUUCCUCUUUAAACGUGAGGUACCCCAGUAUGGCGAGAAACACUUCAAGGUUGACAUAACUGGAUCAGGAGCAUUGCCAGGAAAGGGUGCACUUGAUAUUGUUGUUGAGAACACCUUCCGUGAACCAGCUAGGACCAUCAAUGCACGUGUUGAAGUAGACCGGACUAGUGCCCAAAAGAAAAUUAAGUUAGAGGUUACUCCUAGACCCGAUAGACUAUAUACUUUUAAUCUUGAAUAUAAUGCAGACCUUCAAAGCCCGCAGCAUGGAGACUUCACGUUGAGAAUCACAACUCCUACCCAUUAUGCAGCUCCAUGGAAAAAUAUAUCUGGGAAUUGGAAUGUUGAAAAUCCAAGUGAUGCUACAAUAACUUUCACAAUGGACAAUGUUACUUAUAAUGCCAGAGGAAAACUUACUCUUCGGGAAUCCACCAUGAUACUCUCUUCAACAAAUCCAUCUGCUGAAAACAUUUUCCUCCAGUGGAAAUUUGAACGCAAUGGCAGCAAUAGAGACUACUUCCUUAAGCUUGGCCAUGAGUCCAAAUAUGGAAUGCUGAAGUUGAAAGGAACAAUUAUUGAUAUUGCUCAUGUGGAUAUUGAAGGAGGCUUCAAGGCUGGACCAUUCAUGCCAGACGAGUUCCUGUUUACCUCUAAGUGGGACAAGUCUAACGGUGUAGUCACUGGAGAUGGUACAUUUGAUUAUGGAAACUAUCAUGGUUCCCACCGUCUGGUAAAGUUUGAGCGAAAUGCAGAAAGGAAAUCGGCAUCCUUUGAAUGGUCAGCAACUUCGAAUAUUUCCAAGUACAACUCUGUCUCAGUCUCAGGAAAUUAUGACUUUGACCACAAAGUUGUUAUCUUUGUCCUCAUAAAUGCCGAUGGUAGAGAAUCUAAAAUUGAUGUCAACAUUGCUGAUAUCAACCCCACAAGAUCUCGUAAUACAGCAAUGAUUUCUAUCCCACUCAUAGGAUCUACAUUUGAAAGAACAGAACUCACUGUCAGUCAUGACUUCAGCCAUCCAAACCAAAAAUCUAUCUCAGCUGUUGCCAAGUUUGGUCGCUCAGAAUCCUUCAUUAAAGCCAAGUGGAACCGAAGUGAUGGUUUUGAAACCCUUGAAGGAAAUAUAGAGGCCAAGUCGAGAUUCCUUGGAAAUAUUCUAAUCAACGUCAGGUACGACAUGUCCAAUAUUGCAGAUGCUUAUGCUGAAGUUGACUAUUCAAGAACGACGACGGAUGGCGAUAAAAAAGAAUUUAAACUGAAAUGGACUAGGAAAUCUACUGAUGGCCAUCUUGAAAAUGAAAUGAUCUUUGACUCCAACUUUGAGACCCUGUCACAUGCACGUGCAUAUGCCAAUGCUGAGUAUGGUAACAAUUUCAAAUUGUUAUCUGGGCUGGAUUGGAAUGACAAGGAAAUUAACCUUACUCUCGAAGUUCGGAAAAAUAAAAUUUCAGGAAAGCUUACCACACCAUUUGAAGGAUUUGAAACAAUAGAGGUAGACCUGCAGUAUAAGCUUACUGGUAAGGACAAGUCAGUUAAUGCAACAUAUCAACGGGGAGAUAGGAAGGCUAGCCUCAAUGUGGAGGUGAGCAUGAAGGGCAAAAAAGGAGGUUCCUUUAAUGUUGAUCUCAGCACACCUUUUGAAGUGGUGAAAAACCUUCAUAUUGACGGUCAGUAUGAAAACAAAGUGGCUCAAGUUAAUUAUCAAAGAAACGAUAUUCAAAUGACCUUCAGUGGAAAGGCUAACGUCAAAUCAAGUAAAGCUUCCUUUGACAUUUCAUUCACACCUCCUAGUGGACAAAAUAUCAGGAUAGCUGCUUCAUAUGAUGUACAGGACUUCAUUGCUGGUACAGGAACUGAGGAGAAGGAACUAGCUAGUCUUUCACUUGAGUUUGAAGGUAACUCACUGGACUUCAGCCUUCAUGGCUUCCGCAAUGAUGACAGACUGUACGUGAUGAUUCAUGGGUCUUCCUCCUUCGCAAUGCUCAAGAUGUUCCAUCUCAAAUUAGAUUCUGAACUGAAUACUGAGGCACGGGACGGCACUUUUGAGCUCACUUUCAAUGAUUUUAAAUUCAAUGUAAGCAAUCACUUUGAGAGACGAGAAAACAAUGGUUAUUACUUUAGAAGCAGGAUUGAGUCGACACUCACUCCACUCCCAGCACUGAUCAUUGGUCUUGGGCGUGAAGGUGAAGAACGUAUCAUAACCAUUGGCUACGGAGAGGACAAAGAGAUUACUUUCUCUGUAAAAGGCAAGAACAACUUCCUUUCUGGAUUUUCGGGCAAGGUUGACAUUCCCUCCUUAGGUUAUGAAGGAGUGGAAUAUGAGGUGGAUUACAGCUUCCCAGGUGAUAAUCACCUCCAGAUUCAUGUUGAGAUUGACUUAAACGAAAAUGGGCAAGAAGUGGAGGCAACAUUCUUCCUCGAUUCAGAAGGUAUCAAGGCUCGCCUGACAUCCACUGUGCUGGGUGACCAUUCCCUGCGUGUUCGUCGAUCAGUGUCCCCUGAUGGCUUCUAUGCUGAAGCUGGCCUUGAUGAUUACAGCCUGAAACUACGAGGAGGCUUCAAGAACGAAGAUACUGCACGUGGUGUACAACUGGAAGGAGAAGUAUUUGGUAACAGAUUCCUUAUUGACACCUUGUUCCAGUCUGAAGGAAAGCGAUAUUCUGAGGGUAAACUGAUCAUCCACACUCCAUUCCCUGGCAUGGAAAAGAUGGGUGGCCUAUUCACCUGGUCUAAUGCAAACAAGAAAAUCAUGGCCCAUGCUGAACUCCACCUUCCUUCUUACAUAACACCUACAAUUACUGGUGAGAUCAGCCUAGAUCUUAAAAAGAAGAUCAAUGGGUAUGUCACCCUUGAUGUAGCUGGAGAGGAAUUCACCCUGAAGUGCAAUCUUGCUGGUUCCUCCAUUUCCCAAGGUUAUACAGGCUCGCUUGAAUUCUAUACUCCAUUCCAUGCUGUAUCACAUGUUGUAUUGACCGGUGACAUAAAAAUGCAGGCAUUGUCUUUCCUUGACAUGGAAGUAAAAAUUGACGCACCUUUUGCCACACACGACCUUAAACUGAAAUACCAGCUCACUGCUGACAAAGUCACUGGAGAAGCCUUCCUUGAGUCAACAAGGUUGUAUAACACCAUUCAGCUAAGUCUUAAUAUUGAGGGCCUCAGCACUGGAAAUGUAGAGGUCGACUUGACUGUCAAUGACAACAAGAUUAAUGCACAUUACACUUUGGCUCAAUCCACUUUCAAAUUCGACGUGACAACCAUUAUUUUUAACAAGGAACGCCAGUUCUCCAUUGAAGCCAAGUAUCCAUCUCUGGAAAGCCUCGAGGGUGUAGUUGCUGUUACUCUGGAAGGUGAAAAGCACAUGGUUAGCGGAAGCCUGAACAUCAUUAACAAUCGCAUCCAAGGAGCUCUUGAUUUGGAAUCUGACCUUAUUGAGGGGCCACGGAAGCUGGUGCUCGACGUUUCCAAGCCAAGUGAUUCCUAUAAACAAGCCUCAUUUAAAAUCAUUUUCACUAGCAGUGACCCUCAUUCCUUCUACCUGGAUUUGGAUCUAAGAAGUGGGCUUGCAGCUACUGUAAAGAUUGAUACACCCGUCUUCCCGAAAGUUACCACUACCCUGCAAGUAGCUCCUGCUAUUGCUGGAAUCACCAUCGAGACCCCCAAAGGAACACACAAGGUUCAGCUUAGCUGGCGCCAGACUCGUAGAAUGCCAUCUGACUGGAUUGCUUCCCUAGAGCUGAUCUCUCCGUUGCUGCCUGAGAACUACCUCUUCAGUGUUAACCUUGGAAGUAAACACAUCAUGGCUGAGCUGCAGACAGGAAGCAUAAAGCAUACUCUUGAGGCUAGGACCUCAGUGUCUAACUAUGGUGGAGAUUUGUCUCUCAUGAUUGACACACCUUUUGAAAAUAUCAAUAAAGUUACGCUUGAUGCCUCACUCAACUUCCAGAACAAUGUUGAAAUGUUUAUCACAGCCAAAUUUGCCAACACAGUCAAUUCCUUCCGGUUCAAUCUGGAUAAGGAAAACAGGAAGUUGAUUAGCAUUGUGGAAUCUCCAUACAUCCCAACGGGAAUGGCUGAAGCUGAAGCUAUGCUCACUGGAAAUACAAAUGAGAACAUGCAAAUGAAGAUGGCGCUGAAGAAUGCUGAAGAUACCAUCUCUGGAAUCCUCAAUAUUAAGAUCAAGUCAUCACAGAAUAUCAAUACCAAUCUCAAGAUUAUUACGCCAUUCAAGGGUUACAGGAAAAUGAACUUCGGUGCCCGCUACCUUAAAGAUGAGGUGACCAACAUUUCCGUGUUUGCCGACAAGCCUCUGAAGUUUAAGGCAGAUCUUCAGUUUGGAAACACCGAGGAUGUCGUGACAACCAACUUGGUUGUCGAAACUCCCAUUGAAGACUUCGAGAGGAUCGAGGCUGAAAUGAAGGUUCCCCUGUACAAGUUUGCUCCGAAGGUGAUGCUGACUCUCCCUCACAACCGUUACGGACUUACUGCAGAUUACGGCAGUGACUCUUUCUCUCAGAAGUUAUCUGCUGGCGUGACUUUGAACGAAGAAUCAUAUGACGGAUACUACUCUCUGAGGACAAAGGCACCCUACGAACUGGCUUAUGGCUACAACUUAGCUCAGUUGGCAAGCACGCGAUUCCAUCUUAGAACCGACUCGUCAUUCUUCUCUGUGUUUGCAUAAAUUCCAUGUGAUUUGCUUGAAGACACUGAUAUGUAUUUAUGCGUACUUUACUAACUACAUUAACGGCAUCUAGUCAGAUCGAAACACUUCAUUAUGCUAUAUGACAUGAACAAAACCAUUCCAAAUAAUAUUAAAUAGUUAACAAGGAUGUGAAAUUGUGCCUAAACUCAUCAAUUUUGACAAUUUUACCUUUUUAUGUAUAUAGACAUUCAUGAUUGUGACAUGUAUUAACAAUAAAAAAAUAAACAAAAUACA